CGCGCGCCCCGCGUGCUGUACGCACUCUAACGCACCAGACGAGCGUGCCGCCACCUUCGACGAUGUCUCUCGCAUCUUCGUCCGUGACCAUCCUCCCCCGCGUGCAUGUCGCGGCCCGCGCGACGCGACGCGCCUCCCCAGUCACCAACGCUCCGGGGCGCAUCAUCGUCAGAUCCGGGGUUACCUUCGAUCCCCUUCGCGUCCUCGCGCGUCGUCGCGCUUCGCCGCGUGCGCUCGCGAUCCGCGCUUCCGCCUCCGAGCCGCCCGCAUCGAACACCAGGCGCCCCGCCUCUGAGCUCGAGAGGAUCGCCGGCGACGACUCCAGCGCGCCGUGGUGGAAGGGCGCCGCGAAGGGCGCGGCAGCCUUCGCGCUCGCCGCUUCCCUCGUCCUCGCCGCGCCGUCCGACGCGCUCGCGGCGAGAUCAUCGGGGCGCAUGGGCGGGUCGUCCUUCCGAGCUGCGGCGCCGUCCAGGAGCUACUCGUCGCCGUCCAGUAGCUACUCGUCCUCGUCGACGAUGUCCGCGGGCCCGUCGAUGACGUCCCGAAGCAUGAUCGCGCCCACAAUCUUCGUGCCCAUGGGCGGCUACGGCUACGGCAUGGGCAUGGGUUACGGCUUCGGCAACAUCGUCUCCUUGGCGUUCAUCGCCAUCGUCCUCAUGGCUUUCCUCGACAACAUCAAGAACAUGUUCGGCGGCGACGGCAUCCAGCUCGGCGGCGACGCCAUCGCGGUGGUCAAGGUGCAGAUCGGUCUCCUCGGGAUGGCCAGGGAUCUGCAGCUGGACCUGGAGAAGAUCGCGGACAAGGCGGACACCAGCACCACGGAGGGUUUGCACUACGUGCUCGAGGAGACGGUGCUGGCGCUGUUACGAAACCCCGAGUACUGCGUCUACGGCUACGCGACGAGCGCGAGCGCGAGGGGGCCGGAGGAGGCGGAGGAUACAUUCAACGAGUUUUCCAUGGACGAGCGAGGUAAGCUCGCGGAGGAGACGCUGGUGAACGUCAACUCCCGUAAGCGGUCCACUUCGGCCGUGAAGACGGGUAAAGACGAGGACGGCGGGAUCAACGAGUACAUCCUCGUGACGAUCAUCGCCGCGUGCGACGGCGGGCUGAAGCUGCCGGCGGUGACGGACAGCGCCGAGCUCCGAACCGCGCUGAAGCGGGUGGGCGCGAUCCGCGCGGACGCGCUUCAGGCUGUCGAGGUCAUCUGGACGCCGCAGGAGGAGGGGGACACGCUGACGGAGGAGGAGCUCCUCGCGGACUACCCCACGCUCAACGUGUUGUGAGUGAAGAGACUCGACGAGUUGUAUUUUUAAAAGUUAACCGCUUUCGAUUGUAGUAGCCGAACCCGGUCGGCGCCCC